CCGUGGGGCUGUGCACACCAGCAGGAUCGCUGACUCACGCUGGGAGGACUCAUUGUGGGUGCACCUCUGUCUGCACAUGUUUGGAUCCGUGAUGUUUUGGCACAAGGACUCUGAAAAUUCCUCCCAAACCGAUUUCCUGCUCACAGGUCUGUUUUUGGAGCCCUCCACGCACAGAGCUUUCUUUUACAAACAAAACCAGCAGUCCUCCUGCCUCCGUUCGGGGAGACGUUUUCAGGUGAGCUGCCCGGCUCUGCUGGGAGCGAGGGCAAAGCCUGGCCGGUUGGUUGUCUCUUUAAAUCGGCUCCGCAGUGUGAUGGGCACGGGAAGAACCAUUCCCAGCCUGCGGCAGGGAGCUGGCCACAGCGCCGCCAUCCGCCUCCCCCAUCCCCAUGGUUACGGCUCCUGCUUCCCGCCGGUCCUCUUCCCUGGCUGUAGUCCGCGGAAGCCAGCGAAGCAAGCGCAGAGGCGGCUGGCGUUCCUCGCCUGGGUUCUGGAAGCUGCGUGCUGAGAAUCGCACGGCAUGUCUGCCGUCCUGGCUCUGACUCACGUCCCCGGCUGCGGUCCUGCAAUCUGUUGAUAACUCCGCUCGCGAGCCGAGCAGGGGUGCCCGGGCCCUGGGAAUGGAGACCUGCUCCCCGGCACAGCGAGCUCCCGGCGGCUCCCCGGCAACAGGCACAGGCACGGCACUGCCGCCCCUCCAGCUGUUUUCGCCAAAAUAGGUAGGCGCAGCCUCUCCACCCUCACCCGCCCCACCAGAGUCGCCCUGAGGCCCGUAGCCGGGGGCUCGACCCUGUGGCCGCUGUUUCGGGACCUUGACCUUCUGGGCUGCCAUGGAGGCUGGCGGGGAGAAAGGCGCGACAUAGCUGGCUGACCGGGACACCAUCUGCAUCCGGGGCGUCCACCCUUCAGCCCCUUCACGUGCUCAUGGAUUUGAAGAGUGUCCUCUCCCUGCCCCAGCACCCAGGGGAGUUCCUGCACCCCGUGGUGUACGCCUGCACGGCCGUCAUGCUGCUCUGCCUCCUCGCCUCCGUCAUCACCUACCUCAUGCACCAGAGCGCCAUCCGGAUCAGCCGCAAGGGCAGGCACACGCUCCUGAACUUCUGCCUGCACGCAGCCCUGACCUUCACGGUGUUCGCCGGGGGCAUCAACCGCACCAAGUACCCCAUCCUGUGCCAGGCGGUGGGCAUCGUGCUGCAUUACUGCACGCUCUGCACCAUGCUGUGGAUUGCCGUGACCGCCAGGAACAUCUACAAGCAGGUGACCAAGAAGGUCCCACCCUGCCCGGGCCCAGACCAGCCACCGUACUCCCAGCAGCCCCUGCUCAGGUUCUACCUCGUCAGUGGAGGGGUUCCUUUCAUCAUCUGUGGAGUCACGGCUGCCACGAACAUCAGGAAUUACGGGACGGAGGGCGAGGACUCCGCCUACUGCUGGAUGGCCUGGGAGCCCAGCCUGGGCGCGUUCUACGGGCCGGCGGCCUUCAUCGCCCUGGUCACCUGCGUGUACUUCCUGGGCGCCUGCGUCCAGCUGCGGCGGCACCCGGAGCGCCGCUACGAGCUCAGGGAGCGGCCGGACGAGCAGCACCGGCUGGCGGGGCUGGAGGCCGGCGGCCACGGCGCCAGAGCCGCCCCAGGCACGGCGCCCGCCUGCGCCACCCUGGCCGCCUCGCUGCUGCAGAACGAGCACUCGCUCAAGGCCCAGCUGCGGGCCACGGCCUUCACGCUCUUCCUGUUCACGGCCACGUGGGCCUUCGGGGCCCUGGCCGUGUCCCAGGGCCCCUUCCUGGACAUGGUGUUCAGCUGCCUGUACGGCGCCUUCUGCGUCACGCUGGGACUCUUCGUGCUCAUCCACCACUGCGCCAAGCGGGACGACGUGUGGCACUGCUGGUGGUCCUGCUGCCCCUCCCGCCGGGACGCCCCGGCCUCCAAGCUCGGCGCCCACCACACGCUCGACGCCAACGGGGACGCCCUGGGGCACGCCGCCUGCCUGCAGGACUCGCCCUGCGCGGGCAAGCCCCGGGGCUACGGGCACCCGCCCGGCGGCCACUGCAAGAUGACCAACCUGCAGGCCGCCCAGAGCCACGUGGGCUGCCUGUCGCCGGCCACGCCCUGCUGCGCCAAGAUGCACUGCGAGCAGCUGCUGGAGGACCUGGGCCACGUCCACCUGCACGAGGAGGACGCGUUCGGCCAUGACCUGCACCUGCACCGGUGCCUGCAGGGCAGAACUAAGCCCCCCUACUUCAGCCGGCGCCGGGCGGCCGAGCAGGAGUACGCCUACCACAUCCCGUCCAGCCUGGACGGCAGCCCCCACAGCUCGCGCUCGGACAGCCCCGCCAGCUCGCUCGAGGGCCCGGCGGGGAUGCACGCGCUGGCCUGCUGCGCCCAGGGCGACCCCUUCCCCCUGGUCAGCCAGCCCGAGGGCGGCAGCAUCAGCCCCACGCUCUACGGCUGCGGCCCGCGGCCCGGCAGGGAGGGAGGCCGCGGCCCGGCCCACUUCGAGAUGCUGCAGAGGACGCAGUCCCUGCCCUUCGGGGGCCCCGGCCAGAACGGGCUGCUCAAGGGCGACGUGUGCGAGGCCGUGCCUUACGGCGCCGACUGCACGGGCAACAUCCGGACGGGGCCCUGGAAGAACGAGACGACGGUGUAGCCGCCGUGGCCCCCGCCCUGGGCAAGCGUCCGAGCGGAGCAGGGACCCCCCCCCCCACAGGAGGUCGGCGGGGUCACCAGGUGCGACGGAGCGACAGGCAUCCUCGCUGGCCUCCGGUGAUGAAGGACUCAAGGGGGAAGAUGCUUCGGGCCACGUCGCCUCCCCGAACCCCGAGGUCAGACAGUCGCCCCAUGUGGACCUGGAGCACCAGUCCCCGGGCAGCCUGGCCACGCCACAGGCAGAGGAACCGGCCCCCUCAUGGGGCCUGCCCGCCGGUGAUGGCCCCGGCAGGAGGCACACUGAUCUUUCCCAUGUUCCAUGUGUGUGUUCAGUCCCGUCACGGGGCGGCGGCCUGCUGGUCAGCCCAGGGCGCUCUGGCCCUGGGCCCACGUGUGAGCUGACCCUGUGCCAUCUCCACCGCCGCCCCCUUCCUGGACGCAGCACCAGCCCCGAGGGCCGAGGGCCCCACAGACGGGGGGCGCCCAGCUGUGCUCUGGGAGCACGUGGCCUUCAGGGGCGUGGAGGGGGUCCCCCGGCUCUGUUACAUGCCCAGCUGUCCUUGAACCAAUAGUCCCUUCCCAAGCCGGCCGCUGUCAGGCCUGGAUCCAGCCCCACACGGGAGCUGGGGAGAAAUAAAGUUCCCUGCCCCAACAAGA